AUGGAGUUGAGGAAUGGCAACAGUAUCUCAUAUCUCACACAGGCUCCGCAGCAGCCCCCCGCCAUCGUGCAGCAGCUCCCAGCGACCAUGAUGCCUCCUGGCUCCGCUGCUUCCAUUAGGCCCGGUGGUCACGUCAAGGAGGACCUUGUAGGGCUGAUGAUGAUCCAGAUCCUCAGCCAGAUGCACCAGGUCAUCGUGAACCACAUGACGGCGUCGGCCCUCGGCUCGGUCGGGUACUCCAGCACCUCCAUCUGGCCCUGCGAAAUAAAGCUGGGCUGUCAGGCUCCCGGAGAUCUGGUUAUAAUUCAAGAGAAUGAGGCCGACCUGCAGGUGUACCGCCACUAUUACCAGCCUGCCCAGUACCUGUCCUACCCUGCGUGGCUCCUGCAUCAGGCCACGCCGGUCUACCAAGGCCCAGACAAACCCACCUCUCCUCCACGCGGAGACAAGCCUGCUGUCCCUCCUCCUCCUCCUCCCCCCGUCCAACACUCGUAG